AUGGCGAUUCACGACGUCCAAAACAGCCGAUACCAGGCCAGACAGAGAAGAGAUGCAGGGCGCCACCAGGCGGAAAUUAACAAGCUCGGCUCAAAAUGGACUCGCGUUCAAGCAGUAAAACAUGCCGUCACUUUAUCUCGACCGAGCUCGGGCCGGAAGAAAGAACCUGUUAUCGAUUCGACAUUUGCCGAAACUUAUCGCCGCGAUGUUAGAAAUUUCAUGCAGAAAUUUCACGGAAGAAAAAACACACACGAAGCAAGGACUUCAAUAGAGCUGACAAAAGUGCUUCUCCAGCAAGAUGCAAAGAACGAAAAAAUGGGCCAGCUACUGAAUGGGCUUUACGAUUUGGAAAGCGAUGAUGAUUUGGAAGAAGAAAACUAUUCUCCAGUGACGUCGAAGAGCUCCAUGGAUUCGGAUGAAUACAAUAUGAGGCGGCAAUUUACUCAGAGUGCAUACACACGAAAAUCCUCCGCAACAAAAUCAUCAAUCAAACGCUCAAAGAGUUUCAUCGGAAGCCAGCUCAGCGAGAAUCAAUCCGACUAUUUUCAGAAAAUAAAAGCCGUCGAGAAGGAUUUCUACUUCGAGGAGCCGAAGCAACCGCCAAUCUUGUUUUUCACCGAUGGAAGGGGCAAUUUUAUCACUGGAAAAGAGCAGCAAUUUAUUCGUGCUAGGAACGGGCUUUAA